AUGCUUUGGCUUGUGCUGUACAAUUUAUUUGACUUGUUGGUAAGCACGGACGGACAGGGUAUUUGUGAUAAUGCACCAACACCAGCAUUGCGGAUCACCUGCCAACAGAUCACAAACUGGGAUGCGAACACUCGCGCAGUGCGCCCCACAGUAAGAGCUCUCGUCUCAGCUCCAGGCACUGCUGGUAUAAGCCCAUUGGGUGUGGGAAUUUCAUCGGUGGCAACGUCUACAACACCAAGUACAGUCUACGAUUGUCUUGAUAUCGCAUGCCUGUGCGGUUUUUUCGGAGGCACUGGUGGUUCGUCUUGUACACUCCCCAACGGUCGAACAUUGUCAAAAGCUAUCCGCAAAGAGUUUCGGGUUAUGACGGAUGAUGAGCGACAGAACUAUAUCACAGCUAUGUGGACCAUAAAAGGGAACGGUGACUAUGACGAAAUUGGUCGAAUUCAUUCCCAGUUUAUCACUUCACCAGGAGCGCACUCUGGACCUGCGUUUCUUCCUUGGCAUAGGGAAUACAUCAAGCGAUUGGAGAUUGCACUGAGACGUGUCGAUCCCUCUACAGCACUUCCGUAUUGGGACUCUACACUGGACUCUUCCUUACCGAAUCCGGCACAGUCAUGCAUAUGGGGUAACGAGUUAAUGGGUACACAAGGAAGUGGAGGUUCCGUUACGACUGGAGCAUUCAGAAACUGGCUUACUGUAGAUGGCUCAAGAGUUUUCACGAGAAACAUUGGUGGUACUGGCAAUCUGUUAAGAGAUUCCGAUAUCCAAACCAUUCUGUCUAGUUCAGAUUUUCGGACACUUCUUGCUUUCACCGCACCACAAAUGGGGUGCCCCAAUCCAGCUCCGUGGGCAGUACUCGAAUAUGUUCAUGGUGGCCCGCAUGUCUUUACAGGAGGCGAUAUGCUUAUUACGACGUCGGCCACCAACGACCCACUGUUUUUCAGUCAUCACUCAAUGAUCGAUAACAUCUGGGAAUUAUGGCGUAUUGCCCAGCAGUCUCGAUCUCAACGUGAAACACAAUACCCCGAUGACAAUUCGUUAUGCAGUAGUACUUCACAUUUUGCAAACACCACCAUGGCACCCUUCUUUCCGAAAGUUAAUCUCGACGGACUUUCUAAUGCCUAUACCGCGCGCAAAUUAAUGAUGGAGUCAAACCACGCUUGUGAUACAGCACUUCACGAACUUGUUCAGAUAAUCUCUACCAGUACGAUCCAAGGCCGACCUGCACGAGCUCAAAUCUGA